CCGUUUGGCGCCAUCUACUGGCAGAAACUAGACGCGCCCCGACCAGUCCGCGCUUCCCAGCGGCCAAUGAAUGAGGCGCCUCUCUCGGUCUCUCCAGGACCUUGCGGCUCUUCCGCGCAUGCUCAGAAGCAGUGAGGGGCUGGGGAAGGAGAGGGGCGGAGCUUGCUCGCCUUUGGGCAGCUUCCGGAGAGGCGCUACGUGGCGCCCUGGGAGGGCGGGGAAAGAGCCGGGCUCCCUCUCGGCAACCUCCGGCGGAGCUCGGCUGGCUCCGGCAGGGCCCGUCGUGGGCGAGGCCGGGCUGAGGCGCUGGUCUCUGUUCGGCGACUUCCGGGCAGUUUCGUCUCUUUCCGGCGGCGGCGGCAGCAGCAGCAGCUGGAGAGCUGGAGGAGGGCGGCAUGGCGUCCCCUUCGCGGAGGCUGCAGACCAAGCCGGUCAUCACCUGCCUCAAGAGCGUCCUCCUCGUCUACACCACCGUCUUCUGGUUCUCUGGCAUCGUCCUCCUGGGCAUUGGCAUCUGGGGGAAGGUGAGCCUGGAAGUGUUUUUCUCCCUGUUGAAUGAGAACGCCACCAACGUCCCCUACGUCCUGAUUGGCACGGGCGCCGUUAUCAUCCUCCUGGGCACCUUCGGUUGUUUUGCCACCUGCCGGGGAAGCACAUGGAUGCUGAAACUGUAUGCCAUGUUCUUAACCCUCAUCUUCCUUGUGGUGCUGGUGGCUGCCAUUGUGGGCUUUGUCUUCAGGCAUGAGAUUAAGAACAGCUUCAAGAGUAACUUUGAGACCGCUGUGAAGGACUACAGUGGGGCUGGAACGGAGCGCAGCCGGGCCGUCGACACCAUCCAGAGCACGCUGCACUGCUGUGGCGUGGUGAGUUACACUGACUGGGAGGAAACUGCCUACUUCAAGCAGGACGGCAUGCCCGGGAGCUGCUGCAGGUCCAGAGAGAACUGCACCGACCUGAAGGAUAAAGCCACCUUGCAGGGGAAGGUCUAUGUGAACGGUUGUUACAACCUGGUGAUAAAAACAAUGGAGUCCGAAAUGGGCAUUGUCGCUGGGAUUGCCUUUGGCACGGCUUGCUUCCAGUUGGUUGGGAUCUUCCUUGCCUGUUGCCUCUCCCGCUCCAUCACAAAUAAUCAGUACGAGAUGGUUUAACUUGAGGACCUGCCCGUCUUCAACCCACCACGAGAAUUUUGGGACACUUCCUUUUUUGGGGAAAAAACAAAUCUUUUGGGAACCACUUCAUUGGCAGACCCAGCCUGCUGAAAUCCUCUUUGAUCUCUUCUGAACCUGAUUUUUGGGGACUGAGCAUAGGAAGAGCUGUGUUCUCCUCUUGGGAUGCUGUCACAGUUGCGACACCAUUAGUGUUAAGGCAGUUGGCUACAUCCAGUGGUCCCUCUAACAGGGAUUCCCAGAUGUUGUUGACUACAGUGCCCAGCAUCCCCAGCUGCAUUGGCCUUUGACUGGAUUCUGGGAGUUGUAGUCCACCACAUCUGGGAAUCCCUGUUAGAGGGACCACUGGCUGCAUCCUUCAGGGAGGGAUAGUGGCUUACUGCACACCCCCUACCCCCAGGAGCAGUGGAAUUUGCUUUCCAGUCCAGCUAGAACAUCCCGGAGGACUAAUGUGCCCGCAAAAAGGGAUUCUGAGUUCUUGGAGGAAGCAUGGAGCGGUUUCCCAUUUCACAGACAAAAGCUGCUGCUCUUUGUUAGAUGCCCUUUCCACCUCUCGUGUGCCUCUUUCUCCUGCACACCGGAACCAAAGUAAGCAGGACAAGUGUGCCCUGGACUUUGAGCCUCCCCAGCUGUGCCCCACGGCCAGACUGCAGCAGUGUGCCUCUUUCCCAGGGACGCCCUGGAAGCCAGUCUGAAGGCACCCAAUGCGGCUGGUGAGGCGCCCGUGGCCUUGGUGCUCCGGGGUCUGCACUGACUCUCUUCAAGAUGCUAGUGAAGACCGAGGAAGCCCGGCUUCGCUGCGCCUCCGCCUCCGCCUCCGCCUCCUGUGCGUGUUCACCAUGACCUUGAAGUUUGAUCAGGAAUGCGUUCAUGCACACAGGGAGGCCGCCUACCUGCCUGCCUUUCCGGCUUUGAAAUCCGCUUCCUCUGGAGUCUUGCUGAAGCCUGAGCCCGUCGGUCUUCUGGGAGCAGGGUGGGCUCUCUCUCUACCUGCUCCCGCCACCCCCGGUCUGCCAGUGGCCUGGCAUAUAAGCAGUGUCCACUGUCCACCCUGAGUCGAUGGGAAGGCGGGGGGCAAAUCUACUGCAUAAAUCAUGGAUACCUGAAUGAAUGAAUGAAUGAAUUAGUGCCUGGGCAUUGACGUGUAGUCAGCUCGCCUCCCUGCCAUUGGGUUCUGGAUGGCCCAGUGAAGCACGGCACCUGAGGGAACACUAAGGCCAUAUUUGCACACUUGCUUCCGUUUAAUGAACACUAAACCUGCUCCCAAGUCCUGGCCGGAACAUUUCUGGCCAAGAGUCAAAGUGAGAGAGCAAAAAUAUAUAUAUUGGGAGAGGAUGACGCUUGUAAGCCAUUUCAUGGGUUCCCCCAGAGAAGGGUGCGUCUUCUCCAGAAUUGCUCCCAGGUCUUGGACUACAACUCCCACCAUCCUCCGCCACCAUGGCCAAAGGGGAUGAUGGGAAUUGUAGUUAAACAACCUCUGGAGACCCAAGCCGCCGAAUCCUUGAGGGUGCCUCCUCCUUGCGUGCUCUCCUAGGAAGGCAACCUGCUAGCUUCUUCGUCUCCUGUGGCCUUCCUUGCGAGGGGAGCAGCUCUUGCUCAGUUGCUGCCGGGCUCCUGGAAAUCGGAACUGAUGGGAAACGGGAGGCGGAAAGGGAAUUGUUUGUGCCUGUCGAAAUAAGUGUAGUCUUCUCCGCCUGGGGCCAUGUGCUCCAUAGUGCCUUGACUUCUUUUCUGUCUCUGGCUGAAGUUUUUAUAUUACAUUUAAAAAGUUGUAUUUUGAUGAUAAACCUUUAAUUGGACUGUAGUGUGUGUGUGUGCACUCUCUCAUUGUGUGUGUGUUUGUGUGUUUCACAAGGCUCCGUGGAGGGGCCCUUCAGCCUUAGCAGUCACUGCCCCUCUGGGUGGGGCGUGAUUUUGAUCCUCAGUAUUAAAUGAUGCUUUAAACACUUGGUGGAUUUUUCUUUUUGUACUAAAUAGGAAUCCUCCUUUUCUUGAAAAUAAAGGAAUAAAUUACAUAUUCUUUAA